AUGGAGGACGCCUUCCAGGCAGCAGCCGCCUUCCAGGACGUGGCCAGCUGGUCGUAUGGCUAUCGCUUCCGAGAAACCACCAUCCAGGAGGAGUCUCCUGCGGGUAUGCAGGAAGGCAUGCAGGAUGGCAUCGAUGAGGGAUGCGGCGAGAAGAUCCUCGGUGUCCUGAAGCGGGCCUCAUUGCAGGGCCUCCUGCUGGUGGUGAGCCGCUGGCAGGACCACGGGGCGCCGCGGUGCGGGCUGGAGGUGGUGGGCCUGGAGCUCUAUGGCCUGGUGGUGGAGCGCUGCAAGGACCUGUUGGCCAACAUCAAGAAGGCCAUGGGGGGCGAAGCGCCGCUUCCCCCGUGCCCACAGCAGGAGAAGCGGCCCCUCCACUUCGACUUCAGCUUCUUGCCGCCGCUUCCGGAGCCGCGCGUGACCACCAAAUAUGGACCGAACCACUUCCUCUACCACACCUCGAUGAACAAGCCCCGCUCGCUGCCUUCCCUCGGAGGUGGAGACGUGCGCUUGUGGAUGGCCAAUGAUGAGAAGUUGCGCCAGCUCCCGGAGUCGGAGCUGUGGGCCUUGAGAAGCAUCCGCCAGCCCGACGCCCGGAUCGAGAAGGUCUUGCACGCCGUGGCUUUGCUCCGGCAAGAGAGCCCCGUAGAGCUCAGCGGGGCGCCGGCGGCGCGCUGGGGUCAUCUCCUGCAGGUGCUCCGUUCGCCGACCCUGCGGACUGAGCUUCUGCUCUUUGACGCCAGAAGCGUUUCCUUGGAGACAGCCCACAGUGUCGUGGCAUUGCUGGAUGGUAUGCAGGUGGACGAGGUCCGUCGCGCCAAUCCCGGGGCAGCCGCGCUGUUCGAGUGGGCGCAGGGUGUGGCACGGCACCGGUGUGAUGGCCCUCAGGAGGAGGCAAAGGACCUGGCCGCGCUGAAGGUCCGGGAAGCGGAGCUCAGCGUGUUGCCAAAGGCAGCCUGGAGGUCACGUCUGGGCAGGCGCUGCAAGGUGACGGGCUUCGAUCGCAGCCGCUGGGGCCUUUGGACGGAAGGUGCCAGCGAUCGAGACCCAAAGUUUUUCGAGACCUCAGGCUGGCACUAUGAUGUGGGCUAUCGCGUUUGCGUGACGGGCCUCGGGCAGAAGGCCAACAAGCGAGAUCUUCAGGCCGCCUUCGGCGACUUUGGGCACAUCAUCAAAAUCGAGACUCCGCUGAACGGCACAGCAGUGUACAUCUCGUUCAAGGACAAGCGAGAUGCGGAGGAUGCUGUGAAGUACAUGGAUGGUGAGAAAAUCGAUGGGCAGAAGGUGACCGUGGCAAGAGCUGAAAACCGGCCGCCCAUACGGCCGAAGAAGGAAGGCGAGAAGAAAGAUGACCGAAAAGACGAGGAGAGGAAACGGCCGGAGAGGUCGGAUGUGCGAAAGGCCUCGCGGGAGCGGAGCAAGGGCAGCCGAGGUCGCGAGCGGGACCGGAGCCGUGAGCGGGACCGAAAGGGUCGGAAAGACAAGUCCCGGAGCCGUAGCGCCAGCCGCAACCGGCGCAGGCGGUGGAACAUGCCUAGAACCUACAUGAAAGUUGGCGGGGUACCACUCCAACUAAAAUUCCAUGCGUUUCGCAUGGGUUCGAGUCGCCGCCUGCCGUCUGGUCGGGCCCCCUCGCAGGCAGCGCAGUUCCGAGAGAUGCCCUACUGCUAUGCCUCUAUGGACAGGAAGCCUUUGAUGCCCUACACUCCCAACGCCUUCCGGUCUCGCCUUGCGGUGGACGACGCUCCAGUUCCUUACAAGAACUCCUCGACCAUUGAGUUCGAUGAUGGCAUUCACACCUGCCACAAGCGGAGGUUCCAAACUACAAAUAUGACGUUCUACACCGGUGAGCCGUGCGACCCAAGGAGCAAUCAGGGCGUCAUUGCCGACCACACGCGCUUCCGCCGCUUCAUGCAGGCCAAAUGAGAAUUGCUCAAGGAUUUCGAGGUCUGUGAAUGAUGGACUUCGGACCUCGCUUGCGUUUUUUUUGCACGUGAAAUUUGGAGAUCUGUAUGCCCGCGCAGUGCAUGCAUCUCUCAGUGCCUCUCUUUACCGAAAUGGCA